UGUUUCCUGGUGACGCAAGAGCCAAGAGUUGCCGAGCCGCUAGUCCCCGCCACAGUUCUCACUUCUCGCGUGGUGGUGGUAAACAUGACGCAGGCAUUCCGGCAAGUGCUGUUAUCUCACUCCACACUAAUAAGACAGACGUUGUUACCAAGAUGCAUGUACAGAAGCUGUCGUCUACUGAGUGCUACAACUGAAAGUGCCUCCCAAAAGACUGAGUGCAACAAGGUGGAACCUGAUGGAGCAAGUACAAGCACAGGGGCAGAGAAACAGCUUGAAGAUGUUGUUGAAGCUUUCAGUAAAGAGAAGGAGUCUUUAUCAAAACAAGUUGCAGAUUUUCAGGAAAAAUAUCAGAGAACGUUAGCUGACCGUGAAAAUGUAAGGAAGCGCUUAGAAAAGCAGAUUACUGAAGCAAAGCAGUUUGGUAUUCAAGGAUUUUGCAAAGAUCUUCUUGAGGUAUCAGAUGUGUUUCACAAAGCAAUUGAAAGUGUUCCACCUGAGAGAAUAGAAAAUGGCAGCUCUGACCUUAAAACUCUUUAUGAUGGGUUGGUUAUGACGGAAAGUCAGCUAUUAUCGGUUUUUCGUCGGCACGGCCUGGAACAAAUCUUACCAAGAAUUGGAGAGAAGUUUGAUCCAUCAUUACAAGAGGCAAUGUUUGAACUACCUGUUCCUGAACAAGAGACUGGCACAGUGGCUCAUGUUAUCCGUACUGGUUGGACUUUACACUCAAGAUGUAUUCGUUCAGCACAAGUUGGAGUUGUAAAAAAUUAGCCUAUGUGUUGCAGCUUUUAUGUAUAAAGACCACUAAUUUUACUCAGAAGUUAGAGAUGUGAGAGAUGUUUAAAUUGUAAAAAAAAAAUAUUAUUGAGUGAAGGACACAAUAUUGUAUUUUAUUUCAUAAAAUUGACUGAUCUCC